AUGGCACAAUUUUCUAAGCCAAAUUCAACUCCAUUGUCCUCGUUCUCACCCUCAGGGUUAGUGGAGCAAGAGGAGGAGCUACAAAAGUCGUUGGAGCAUGCCCCACAAUUUUGGAAGAACAAGAAGAUGUUGUCCAAGCAACUCUCAAUGCGUGAAACUCCACGAGACGUAGCGUGGGAGAGGAAACGUAGCCAGAUGCUCAAGCAUGAGACUAGGAAGAGCGGGAUCCCCAAAGCCAAUACUACUAGUGAAUGUGACGAUCGAUUGACCGAUGAAGACCUAAGUGAGCUCAGAGGGUCUAUUGAUCUAGGUUUUGGUUUUAAUGAGGAGGGUAUUAAGAUGUCUGCUGGGAAGAGGCUUUGCAACACUUUGCCCGCUCUCGAUCUUUAUUUCGCUGUCAAUCGUCAAUUCGCGACUAGCCCAAUCACUUCACCAUGUAGCCAGCGAUCAUCGCAACAGUUGGUUCCGGUGUGGUCGUCAACAUCAAAUUCAUGCACGGAAAGUUCAUCAAUAGCCGUGAGUCCAAAUAGCGAUGAUUCUUGGAAAAUAUGUUGCCCGGGUGAUAACCCUCAAAUGGUGAAGACCAGGCUAAGGCAUUGGGCUCAAGCUGUCGCUUGUUCAGUAAGACAAGCUCACUAA